GGGACUUUUAUAGUGGCAGAAUGGUAAGACAUGUGACAUUGUUGAGUCAAACGAGCCAUGGCCAUGGCAUUGACCUGCAGUCCUUUGUCUUGAAGGCGAUACCACCACCUGGGCAUGCAUUUGACUUUGUCCAAAGCCCAAAAUGAUUAGGAACUCGGCGGAAAAGAACAUGGAGGAUACUUGGCAAAAUGACGACUCGGACUCGGUUGCAUCUUUGACAAUUUGGCAACUCUGCCUCGGUGAGACUGCAUAAUUGAUCGCCUGCUGUUUACAGUGAUCGAAUCCUUUUGCGUCCAGGCCAGCCAGGCCUAGCUCCUCAAUCGUCCUUGAAAUGUUCAGUAUUUCUAUCUCGAGUCAACGACAACCAAAGAAACAUUAGCCAAUAGCCAUGUUCCCCGCCCCCAUUCGGACUGCUUUGGAACUCAAAACUGCGAUCGAAACGGCUCCGAAGAGACUCAAACCCAUAGGUACCUGCGUUACUGAACUCCAAACAUGGAUGGACUGCUAUGACUUUGGUGACGAAGAUGAGAGGCUUGACGUGCCAGCGGCUAUCGAAGAGCUCACUCAACUAUAUGAGAAUGAUGCUCAAUGUCAUUCAGGAUACCUCCCAAAUUCGUUCAAGCUUACCAUCACACAUCCCGGAAUCAAGUUCUCUGCUGAUAUCGAGCCCUUUGGGAAACCGAAAGAUAAGAUCGAUAACCCUGCUCAUGACGUCCCUAAGUCCCGAACAAAGGACGAGUUGGUCGCUAUGCGCCAGGAGUCUGAGAAACGGUUGAAAGCUUGGUUCAAGAAAGCCGACGUCUCUGGAUAUGGUGAUGUCCGUUCGCAGUCCACGAAGGUCGACGCGAAGGUUCGGAAUGCAAGGGAGAUACCUGCCAGUCAUUUCACUGUCUCCGACAAUCUCUGUGAUGACAUCGAGCGCAUAUGGAAUGAGCACUUUCUACCGAGCUCCGUCCGUGUUGAACCAUACAAGAUUCAUUUGUACGGCCCUGGAGGGAAAUUUAAAUCGCACAAGGAUACUCCGGAGAAGGAUCUGGUUGGAACAUUCCUUGUUGGCUUAGGUGACUCCACCUCGGAUGAUCUACUAGGUAAUCUCUUCGUUGGACAUGAGAUAUAUGGCUCGAGAGCAUAUCCAGGAAGCUACGUCGCUUUCUAUCCGGACGUCCCUCAUAAGGUCACGGAAAUCAAGGAAGGUUAUCGUGCUGUCAUCGCCUUCAAACUCUUCCGCAAAGACCCCACCCAGAAUUCCACAUCCACAGGUGCAUUGCAGCCGAAAACGACAUUCGAGCAAUCACUCUUUAACAAGACGAAGUCUACCUUGAGAAAGCUCCCCGCUCCAUAUGGGAUUCUCUUGACGCACGACUAUUGCCUCCAAACAGCGGAGUUAAGCGGUCUGGAUAAUGUCCUACAUGCAGCCGCUGUCUCUGUCGCAUCAGAAGGUGAAUCUGAAAGCACUUCCCAAGAAGUCCACUUCCUCCCAGUUCUUGUGCAUCUCGAUGCCGAAGCUGACUGGUUAGACGAAGAACAGCGCGAAAUAGACCACGCCACCGCAUGGGUCUACCCGCUCACCGAAGUUCACGUCGACGCUCUAUUAGCCAGCUCAGAAUCUGAUGAAGACGAAGAUGAAGAUGAAGAUGCCUCGGAGGUAGGGCUUAUCCUAUCCAUCUUCAAGACGGAGAAGAAGUUGAAGAAGCUGAAGGUCAACUUAUCUAAAACCCCGUAUAGCUGGCUGAGACUCUGCAAAAACGUCCCGUUCUAUGGCAUUCCUGAAGUUGGUUAUUGUUGGUCGGAGGAACACCAAGAAGGCGCAGAGUUCACUGGGAACGAGUCAAGACCUGAUUCUGAAGAUAGUAUCUACCUGUCAUAUGCUAUGGUCGUGGUUUCGAGUAAGAAGAGGAAGCAUUCAAAGAAGAGUUGAUGUUCCUAUUCUUCAUUCCGAGUCAGCGGUUUGGUUUCUAACAUCAGGGAUAACUAAUAUUAUUAGAAACAUGUUGCAAGUAAUCUCAUGAAGCCAAAGUACUUUCUGUGACUCGCCUUACCGAUUCAGUUGCAAUACUACAGUACCAUGUCAGAAGUUGUAUCGAGCCCGGAGAAAAUCCAGCACUAUUUCCCGGGUACACUACUUAGACAGCACACUCUUUCAGAGUGCCU